AUGAUUCAGGACACGGGGGUCCCGCUGCACCCCAGCCCCACGUUUGGGAUCGCUCGGGGACAGUGGGUGCCCCAUUUUCCCCUGGUUUCACCCCAAAAUGGCCAUUCCUGCCCUGCCACUUUCUGGUGUGUCCCCCACUCCCCCCCCGUGGGCCGUGACUCAGCCCCACUGGCACCGAAACCCCAGGGGGUGGCAUCGGGUGGCCUCGAGGACAAAAGGGACGUGGUGGCCGUGACCGUCAGUGGCCACGGAGAGGGUCAGGGAAGGGACACACGAACGAACACACACGCGUGUGCGAGGCGUGACGAGGCGUGUGCGGGGUUUGCGUGUCGGGGAACGCCCUGGCCCCGUUCCUGUGAAUCUCGGGGAGGAACUGGGCAGGGUGGUGGCGGUGGGACGGGAUUUUCCGGCUCCCGGGGCAGCCAAGCACAACAAUGUCACCCUCACCCCACCCUGGGGACCGUCACUGCCGCCUCGGGGCUCCCGCUGACCUCCCUGCCCCGCAUCCCGCUGCCUUCCCUUCACCUCUGUCCCUUUGUCCCCGCAGUGUCCCUGGUGGGAGCCCAGGUCACCUCCGAGACCCGAGAAGUCCCUGAACACCAGUCCGCCGUCAUCCCCUGCUCCGCGUUCCACAAGGGAUGGAGCAACCCCCGCAUCGAGUGGAAGUUCCAACGCGGUUCCUCCCUCAUCCUCGUCUACUACGAGGACAAGCUGACGGAACCCUACCAGAACCGGGUCCAGUUCUCCAGGCCCUCCAUCACCCUCACCUCGGUGACCCGGGAGGACAGUGGGAAAUACAUCUGUGAGGUGGUGGGGGCUGACAGCCAAAUUGCCAAGUCCGAGGUCACCCUCAUCGUGCAAGUGCCCCCCUCCAAGCCGGUGGCCCACGUCCCCUCCUCGGCCACCAUCGGCAGCCGUGCGGUGCUGCGCUGCUCCGAGGGGGAGGGGUCCCCCCCCCCCACCUUCCGCUGGUAUAAGGAUGGGGUCCUGCUGCCCCCCGACCCCCGCACCAGCCCCAUCUUCCGAAACUCCUCCUACACCCUCGAUCCCACCACCGGGGACCUGAUUUUUGACCCCCUGAGUGGCUUUGACACCGGGGACUACAACUGUGAGGCCACCAACAACGUGGGACCCCCCCAGGAAUCCGACGUCUUCCGCUUGGAAGCCAGUGAGGUCAAUGUUGGUGGCAUCGUGGCCGCUGUCGUGGUGCUGCUUAUGGUGGUGGCCCUGGUGGCCUUUGGCAUCUGGUUUGGCUACAGCCGUGGCUACUUCAGCAAGAAAAAGGACUCCAGCAGCAAAAAGGUGAUUUACAGCCAAGGCUCUCACCGCAGCGAGGGUGAGUUCAAGCAGACGUCCUCCUUCCUGGUGUGAGGCCUCUCCGGUGACACUCACCCCUGGAAAUGUCCCCAAAAACGUCCCCUGCCCCCUGUGGCCACGCUCCCAUUUUAACUAUUACAGUGUGGUUUUUUUUUAAACUGUCACCCGGUGCCUUUGUGUCACCUCCCAUGGCUCCUGAGGGGGGGAUAGGGGGGUGGCUCCCCUCUGUCGUCCCCCCCAUCCUUGUCCCCUCCCUGUCCUGGCUGUGCUUCCUUUGGGGUCAUCACUGUGUCCCCUCAGGAUGGGCACGGAGGGGGCAUUUCCCCCAGUCCCAGCUGCCUACUGGUCCCAGUUACCCCCCAGUACCGAGUUGGGGGGGGCUGCUGGACUGAGCCAGGAGUGUGACAAAUAAAUCUGUGUCCUUGUC